AUGACAAUGUUCAACAGAUCCAAGCCUGACUCCCAGCACACAGUGACUGGCCACGAUGAUGACAAUGACGAAGAACAUGCACAGAAAGGCCUGGUCGCGCCACGGUAUAUGGGCACCAAGGCUGAUCAGCGCGAUAUGAAUGCCUUAGGUCGAGUACAGGUUUUGCGAAGGAACUUUCGAUUUAUUUCAAUUGUUGGUUUCGGAUGUACCUUGAUCUGCACAUGGGAGGUGAUCUUGACAUUGUUAUCGGCUGGCUUGACCGAUGGCGGCACAGCAGGUUUGAUAUGGGGUUUUGUUGGUGUCUCAUUUGGGUUUUCACUGGUGUAUGCCAGCAUAGCUGAGAUGGCUUCGAUGGCCCCCACUGCUGGUGGACAAUACCACUGGGUCUCUGAGUUUGCACCGAGAAGGGGACAAAAGUUCCUUAGUUAUAUUACUGGCUGGUUAUCCGCAAUGGGAUGGCAAUGUGCCAUCGUAUCCAUCGCCUACCUCGCCGGCACCAUCGUCCAGGGUCUAAUCGUCUUGAAUCAACCAGACUAUGACUUCCAAAGAUGGCACGGGACAAUGCUCGUGAUAGCCAUAUCGACAUUCUCAAUUCUGUUCAACACAUUCCUAGCCAAAAAUCUACCAUUCGUAGAGGGACUCAUCUUGAUUAUCCAUGUUGUCGGCCUGUUCGCUAUCAUCAUCCCGCUAUGGGUUCUCGCACCACGGAACAAUGCUCGCGCAGUGUUCACCACAUUUAACAACGGCGGUGGUUGGGAUAAUUCGGCCACAGCUACGCUGGUGGGACUGUCAACCACUAUCACGUCGAUGCUUGGUUAUGACUGCGCGGUUCAUAUGUCGGAAGAAAUUAAAGAUGCAUCAGAGACUUUGCCUAAAGCUAUGAUGUCCUCUGUUGCUAUCAAUGGCGUGCUAGGUUUUGUGAUGCUGGUCACGCUAUGCUUCACCCUAGGCGAAAUCGAUAAAGUCCUCGACAGCCCGACGGGGUUCCCAUUCAUUCAGAUCUUCUACAACACAACCGGCAGUUUAGCCGCUACGAACGCAAUGACGGUGGUCUUGGUGGUGACACUAACAGCCAGUACGAUUACCGAAGUAGCGACCGCAUCACGACAAUUAUGGUCGUUUGCUCGUGACGAGGGUCUACCAUUUUCUUCAUUUUUCGCAUAUGUCACACCUGGCUGGAACAUCCCCCUCAACUCAGUGAUGGUAUCACUAAUAGUAACGGUCCUCCUCUCGAUGAUCAACAUCGGAUCCCAAGUCGCCCUCAACGCCGUCAUAUCACUCACCAUAACGUCACUGCUGUCAGCGUAUAUCGUCUCUAUUGGCUGUGUGCUCCUCAAGCGUCUUCGCGGAGAAUCACUCCCGCAGCACCGGUGGACACUGGGGAAAUUCGGUCUGGCGGUCAAUUUGGGGGCUCUGGCUUUUUUGUGCCCCAUGUUUGUUUUCGCUUUCUUUCCUUUGUCCACUGAUGUUACGGCUGAUACUAUGAACUGGAGUGUGGUGAUGUAUGUUGGUGUCAUUGGAUCCGCGUCUGUUUACUAUUGCGUUAAGGGGCGACAUCAUUUUAUUCCGCCUGUGGCUUUGGUUAAGAGAGCUGAAGAUCUUUAG